CAAUGGUUCUCUGCCAGGAGAAGAGCAAUGAGAAAAAAGAGAGAAAGGAACACGGUCCCUGCACAAGCACCGGCUGCAGACACCAGCAUGCCAACACGAGGAUCUCAAACCACCUCAACAACUAUUUCUGGUAGGAAAUGUUCCCAAUAUCCAACCUGAGCCUCCCCUGGCACAACUGGAGGCUGUUUCCUCUCGUCUCCUCACCUGUCUCGUCACCCUUCUCUUGGCACUCCGUGCUGCCACCCCCCGGCCCCGUGUUCCCCGCAUGCCCGGGGGAGGGAAGGUGCCGGGGCCCAGCCUUGCUCAUACCCACCCGCAGCAGGGCCCGCAGCUGAUCCCGCACCUGGCGCUGUGUCCGCGUCCGCAGGCAGGGCUGCUGCCGGCUCCGCCAGCCCCGCACUCCCGGGAGCUGCUUCACGCACACGCACCACACACUUUGAUUUUACUCCUGGACCUUGCAAACGUAAACCAAAACCCCACUGCCUGACCAGUGCCUCCUGCAGUUAAUUAAUUUGUUGCCCUCAAGCCAGUUUCUACCAUAUGCAUGUCAACAGUCCACAGGCUACAAGCACAGCUGCAGCCAGACUGUGGCUUCCCAGCUGAGGCAGCUUUGGUGGAACACAAGACAGAUCCCAUGUUCCUCCUCAAGCAAGAAGGUGGUUCUGCAGGGAACGCUGGGACAUGAAUCAGGUUUUCACACCAGCUGCUUCCUUAACAACGGAGGGGUUUAGACACACAUAGAUAUGUGUGUAUGUGUAUUUUUUUCUAGGGCUCCUGCCUUCCAUGAAGAGGAACCUCAUGAAGGUGUGUAAUGUUCUGAUUAGUAAGAAAUAUUGAAGAGGAUAAUAUAGAUAACAUGGAUCUACGCAGUCCAAGUGUAACUGGAAAAUGGAAAAAAAAGCAUUUCUGUCAUUUAGAGCGAUGUUUUCACUUUGCGAUUCAAUAGUUUCAUUAUUCUACUAAAGGUUUUAAAGAAUAGGCAACUGAAAUCACAAACAUGUUGUUCCCCAGCAAAAGGGGGUUCCUUCCCCAGAAAUGUUAAUUGUGGAUAAACACACUGGCUCAUUUUGUGGAAGUCAGUGUUUCUGCUCUUUUUUUUUUACCCUGUCUAUAGUCAGCGCAAUUAUGUAUCUGAAUGAAAAGAUGAGGCUGCUUCCCAGUGGGACCUUAAACACCCUUCACUUCAGCAGAGGUGACCCCACUUGUUCAAACCUUUUCUAACCUCAAACAUUUUUCUGAGUCUCUUAUGACUCUAAGAGAGGCAGAAACGUGCUGGAAUCCACCAGACCCCUUGUAAGAACAAGUGAUUCAGGCUGGCAGAAAAAAGCAGAGAUCUGAACAAAAGCCCUCUCAAGCUUUUGUAAAACAACAAAACCAACCCAACCUUGAAUAACGUCUUUCUACAGUUCCUUGUGUAGAAUACUGUAUUUAUAGAGAUUAAUAGGUGUACAAGUGUUCAUACCUUUCUGGAUAGCUGUAACUAGGCGGCUGUGUAACUGCUACUCCUCGUAGGUUCACAGGCUUUUUCUAACCCCGUUCACUGGGAGAAACUGAGAGUGAGUGUUUGGGUUAUUUGGGUUUGUUUUUUCAAAGGGAGUCAAGGUGGUUUCCAAAACCCUUCAGCUCACUGGAGCAGCGCUCCUCUGCAGGGUCAUCUCCUUCAUCACAUGGCAAUAGAAAACUGUUGCUGGCUCCCCCUCCACAAAUCUCAAAACUUGGCACAUCUAAAAGGGCCUCCCAGUCCAGAGCUGCUGUCUUGGCAUGCCUAAAAUCCUGGGAGCUGGCAGUAAGGGUGGAGGUUGCAAAAGGGAGGAGUUAGUCCAUGUCAUGUCCUGCUUCACCCCCUGUGCCUCCAUUUAUUCCUUCAGGAAAACAAAGCCUGACAACCUGUUUGCAGGCCUGUUUAAUUAGGCCCUAAAACCAAGUGUCAGGACUUUUAGGAACUUUAAAUUUAAAAAGUCUGGUUACAAACUGCUUGACAUUAUCAAACCAAAACCACCUACAGAGAUGUUUGUGUCGUCAGCUGUACUGUUCUUGACAGCCUCUAUAGAGUUAUUGCACAUUACAGGAUGGAAAGGCAACUUGUCUGGGUAUUUUUUAAUGUGGGAAGCCAACCUGUCUCAUUUUUGGAUGAGUUCGGCUCUGCCGCGGGCACCACGCGCAGCUGGGGCAUUGCUCUCUGGCAGCUCCUCUCCUUUCCUCCUCAGCUCUGGCUUUAUGAGUGGCAACCCUGAGCUGUUUGAAGCGCCGUCGAGCACGGCGAUGCUUGAGACGUUGGCAAGACGCUCGGCAUGGCCUUCAGAAGCAGGACGUGUGUGAACCACUGAGCACCCAGCGUGUUGUUGGGUGCCACUGUGGGUAGGAGCAACACAUUUGUCAGCACAGCUCUGGUUUUCCCAGCCCUUCCUCUUCUGACCUUUCAUGAUCCUCCUGAAGCAGUUUCUCCAUGAACACCUUGGCUGGAAACGCCCCUGGUGUUCCUCACGGUUCUCCCCACGUUGGGCUGGGGGCUGGAGAGGGAAGGGACAGACACGCUGGGGAGUUUUAUUUAACUUUGAUUUCCCUAAGAAGAGCAGUAGCAAUUUAUUAAAAACUGCUCAACACCAGAGCUGGGGUUUGGGUUUUUUUUUUGUGUGUGUGUGUGCGUGUGUGUUUUUUUCUUUUAGUUGACUCAAGAAGCGAGUUAUUAACAGUACAAGGGGUUUGGCGGUUUCAGGGGCAGGAGGGAAAAAAUUAAGAAUUAAAAUGUAAUGAAGUAAAUUAAUGUGUUCAUUUCAGAGCAGACAUGGCCUCAGUCAAGCUGACUGUUCUUUCCCCUGUAGAUGUAUGUGUGUAGGUACAGUUUUCCAUUUAUUUCCAUCUGCAAGACCCGGUGGUUGCCCAGCAGUUCCACAGCUCUGACAGGUGCUGGUUCUCCGUCUGUACUUUCAGAUCCUUGGCAGGUGUUGUCCGGGCUUUGCCCUACUCAGAACUAACUGUGAUUUGUAACAGUAGGAGCCACUUGAAACACUUCUCUGUUUCUCUGAUAUUUUUCCCCUUUCCUGUGCAGCGGGCUCGUGGCUCCGCUCGGGCAGGGCUGUCCCUGUGGAGCCUCUGGUGGGUUUGGCACCCGCAGUCGCAAACCUGGAGCUGUCUCGUGUGGGGUCACACGUGAGGCUGUAGCUCUGGAAAAUGAGAUGCUGUCAGCAGAACCCCACAGGGAUGUUUGCUCGGCUGCUUCAUGAACCAUCAUGGGCUUCUUUUAUUCUUUUUUUUUCUUUCUCCUUUUAGUGUGGGGUUUUUCCUCUGCUAUGGAGCAUCAGAGUAAAACCCCUGGAACCCCAGCUGAUGGAAACUGGCCCAGUGAGGGGUGACAGACCCGCGAAGCUAGGAGCAGGUUUCCCCAGUGUCAGUAGGAAGUUCGACUGCAAAGGCAACUGCUCACAGAAAGGUCACAGGCAGGGCUGGUGCAGAUCAUGGUUUCUAAAGCUGUCACCAUAACCUGACAACUGUGUCUGUGCUUUUUUAAGGUGGGAGAAUUGCUCUUUUACCCUCAGUAUGGCAAUGUGAAAUUCCUGCUGCACUUACAGUAUUUAUCUGAGGGAAACGGAUUAAGGUUGUAUUGUUGUGUUUUGUCUCCCUGGGUAGUUUAAUUGUUAAAAAAAAAGAAAAAAAAAGCAAGAGGCAGCUUAAAUUCAGGGUCAUCUUGGAUUUGCCUUUGCUGUUGUAACAUGAGAGGCCCUUUGGUGACAAAGGCUACGGCUAUGGCUCAGGGAUUCUGGGUGUGACUUUGGGCUGGUUCAGGACUCCCUCCGCUGUGUCCACUGGGAUGUGAACUCCAACAUGUCUGUUGUGUGCAGUGGGUUGAAAAAACUCAACAGGGUCAUGGUUGUGAGGCCAGGAGCAAAAAAUGUCGUGAUGGAGACAAUGGGGAAAAAGAUGGAAAUUCUCAAACCGUUUUUUCUUUGUGUGAACUUGGAGCAGAAUCCCUGAGAGAAACAGCAGCUGCCUCCCAGCAGCUUCAGUAACUAAACCCAAAGUGCCCCAGUGGUGGGAGCUGGAAGAGGUCGAGGAGUUAAAAUGGGAACGGGGAUGGAGAGAGUGACAGGAGAGAAGGGAAGCAGGUGAGGGGAAAUAAAAACCCACAACUGCCAGGAGUGAUGAAGUCUAAGAGAGGAAAAGAUAUUAACGGCAGACACAGAUUAGUGGGAAAAGUUUACAUAUUUAUUAUAGAAACAUUGAAUGCUAUAUAAAGAUUAAAUAUAAUACAAAGAUGAAAUACAUAUACAUAUACAUAUGGAGCACCCGAGGGCUCAAACGAACUGCCGGGAAAAAGAAUAAAUUGGCAGAUUACAGAUUAUACUGCUAGACAAGCUUCUAAAAAGACAGAGACAGAUAUGAAGCUAAUGGCUGCCUCCUCAAACCAACAUCAGGAAACUAUUCCUUGUAGUGUGUUAUGGGAAAUUGUAUUAGAAUACAACAAAACUAAUUAGUGAGCUGAUGCUCUAUACCAAGAUUUGAUUAAAAGGUAAGAGUGAAUCUAUAUACUAUUUAGAAACAAGUGACCCAGCAAUGUGAAAUAUGUCUGGAAAACAAUCUUAGUACUGUAAAUGGGGUACAAAUAAGAACAAUUGGAAAAGGGAAAUGUACCAGGACAACACUGGGAAAUUGAUUUCUCCAAACUCCCUAGAAAAGAGGGGUAUCGGUAUUUGCUGGUGUUAACAGGUCCCGUUUCAGGCUGGCCAGAAGCAUUCCCCUGCCAAGCUAGUAAAGUCAGAAAAGUAACUAAAGCUUUGUUAAAUGAACUCAUACCCCGAUUUGGGGUACACUCUGAUAGAGGCCACAUUUUGUUGCACAGCAUUAGAGACGCAUGGGCAGUUGCAAACUCCCUACAAGCCUUAAGCAAGUGGGCAGGUAGAAAAGAAAACUAAACAUAUAGUGAAACAGCAGUUAAAUAAGCUUUGUCAAGAAGCUAAUUUGAAGUGGAAUGAAGCACCACCUUUAGUGCUGCUCAGAAUUCGAGUGAAAUCUUGAGCCAAGGAAAACUUAAGUCUUUCUGUUUUUUUUUUUUUUGUAAUUGCUCCGUCUCUGUCCUGCAGCCCAUUGCUAUUUUUUUCCUCUCCUGCCCCUUUGUCCUGCUCCUCGUCCUUUUUUCUCUGCCUGCGUUCUGCCCCCCAUACUUUUUCCCCUUCCUCGCUCCUUCUCUCAGUCCUGCUCCCUGCCCACCCCCGUUCCUGUUUCUCUGCCCUUCUCCUUGACUUUCCCCUCGUUUCUCUGUCCCGCUCCCUCUUUGUUUUUGUUUCUCUGUCGGCCUGCCCCGCUCCCUGUCCCGCGGUCCGGCGCCCGCUUCUCCUUCCUCUGUCUCUCCUGCUGCUCAUCCUAGGAUUUUCCCCCACCGUCUCUGUCCCGCUUCUUGUCCUUGUUUUUGGCCUCUCCUUCCCUUUGCCUAGCCUCCCUGAUCGUUCCAGGGCGAGGAAGGGAAUCCUGGCUACGCUCAGGCUUGGGGAAAUGUGUGUCGGUACGUGUGUCUGCCACCUGCGCGGCUCUGGGAAAGCACGUUCAGGGCAGCUCAGGCUGCCCGCGGGUCAAGAAAAAGGGCCGGGGUGUAAUAAAUUUUGACUUAGUCUUGUAAGUAACAAAAGUUUUAUUUCUAAUCAAGCAAUAAGCAAAGACAGCGCUGGGUACGGCCUAGGGACCUCAGUCUCCCUUGCGGCACACGCACACAGCUAAUUCAGUUCUCUGGGUUUUAUAGUCCAUCUCUGGUCCACAGCUUCCAGGUGUAACUUUUCACUCAUGUUGAAGGCUCGUACUGUGGUGCAGCUCACGGUGUGCCUUGCAUCAUGUGAGGUUGACUGCUGUGUAGCCAGUUUCAAUGGCCUAACUUUGGUUACUUAUGAGGUAAAUACAUCAAGCAGAACAAAGCAAGUAAGAACUCAAACAACUGUCUCCUUGUUAGGUAAAUACAUCAAGCAGGACAAAGCAAGUAAGAACCCAAACAAACAUCUCCUUGUUAGGUAAAUACAUCAAGCAGGACAAAGCAAGUAAGCAUACAAACACUUCUCAGAACUCAAACAAACAUCUCCAGGAGCUUUAAUGAACAAACAUUUCUCGGAACUGCUUGUGACAGGGGGGCUGACAAAAAGCGCCCGCGCUGCGGGACCCGGGGGGCGCUGCAGGACCGCUCUCGGUGCUGCCGUCUGGUGGGCACAGCCCGGUACUGCAGCUGGGGAGCGGCGCCCUCUGCCCGUGCCGUGCCGCGCUGCCGCUGCGGGCGGGGCCGUGACCGCCGGAAAGGGGCGGGGACGGGGGUCGAACGAGCCGCCGGGAGAAAAAGAGGAAUAGAAAAGAAACAGAAAGAGAAAUGAACCAGAACUAGAAUAGAAAUAGAAGUAUAUGGGGCGGAAUAGGAAGAGAACUCCGCGCCAAACAUGCAAAUCGCCUCGGGGCGAUUUUUAGGCAAACAGAUGCAAUUAUAUAUAUACAUUUCUCUCUCUCUCUAUUUCUGUAUGUUGUAUAUUUAUAUAUAUAUUUAUACACAUUUUUAUAUGUUUAAAUUUUGGCAUAUUUUUAUCUUUAUUAUAUGUAUGUUUUUAUAUAUGUAUUCAUAUAUGAAUGAUACUACUACUACUACUACUAAUAAUAAUAAUGAGAUGCCUUUUUUUUUUCUCUUCUUGCUUUCUUUUUUUCAUGCCAUCUCGUUCUGCCCUGGAAAUAUAAUUGCUACUGCAACUCUGGGCGCAAAAAUAGAGGCCAAUACAGUUUUACCCGUUCCCCAGAAUUCUAUGUUAUCCAUAAAAUCUUUGGCAAAGGCAUGAAUUCUUUUUCCUCUUUUAUGCAUUUAAAUGGUUGAUGUGUUUGAAGGUAACAAGGUUAACCUCCCUAAAGAACAUGGGCCCUCCUUUUAUGGGGGAAGGAAUCUCAUGCCAGGCUCUAUGGCCACAAAUUAAAGAUAUUCCUGGGGGGAAUUUCAAAGGGAUGUUGGUGGCCUUAGAUACCUUGGGACUGGUAUAAUUACACCAACAACUCUGAUUGCGAUAUACAGCUGAUGAAGCGUAAUGAGCUGAAAGUACGGAUGGUUCUUGCGCCUUGGAUGUUUGCAGUCAGUUGUGUUUUAUAGUGUCGUUCUGGGCUGUGUCAGCAGCUCUGCUCUCUACCCAUCCAGUUUAAUGGGCUGGCACUUCUCAGCAUCUUGAAGUUUUUAGGUCUUGCAGAGGCUUCUUGCACUUGCAUCGUCUCUGUUUCUCCAGUCCCGUCUCAUGAGGAGCCAUGACAUUCAGCUCCUUUUUCUUCUGGGGUUGCAAUUCUGGGCGUACCCCACACAAUCCCCACCCCGAGUGGGCUGUCAAGGGGUGAGGCUUGUACAGGCUCCUCCCACAGUGCAGAGCAUAGAGGCUCCACCCUCCACCCCAGGCGGGGCUCCCUGUGGGCGUGGCCUCCCACAGUCCCCGCCCCUUCACACUGACCCUACCCCCUGUGGGUGGGGCCACACCCAGCUGCCCCUCCUCCUCAAUCGCGGCAGCCGCUGCUGCCUCCCACCGGUUGGCUGCCGGCGCCCGGCGCGAAAGCCGCCCAUGGGCUCACCACCUCGCAGCUUUCUCUGAGGGAGUGGGAAAGGUGCUGAUUGGUCAACGCGACGCGGAGGGGAGGAAGGCGCUGAUUGGUUGCUGCCUUCCCGCUUACGUUCGCCCAACGAGGUGCUGAUUGGCAAGCGCGGCUGAGAUGAACGGCUUGCCCAUUGGCCGUAGGGCGGGCGGAGGGCGGGACAACGAGGUGAUAGAGGGGGUGGUGCAGGUCCAGGCACGUGGCGACAGCAGCGGCUCCGCGCGCUCGCCAGCGCUGUGGAUCCGGCUGAUCAGCGCCCCCUGCGGGACCCGCAGGGACCCCCGAGAGCCGCGGGAACGGGGUUGGAAUCAGUUACUGGGGCCAGUUAGGGCAUUAAUUAUCGUUCGGGUGUUGAUUUGGGCUCGGCGUGUUAAUGAGUGACCGGCAGGCUUGGGUGUAUUUGUGGAUUUUGGUUGAAAUUGGGGGUUUAAAGCUGCGGGUUUGUGGAUUGGGGUGGGGCAGGAAUUGAGGCUCCUGAAGCCACUUUAAACUGUUAAAACUGUUAAAACUGUUAAAACUGUUAAAACUGUUAAAACUGUUGCGUUUAAAGUGGGAGGAGCCGGUUUGGGGCUUUUCUCGGGAAUCGGGGGUGGUUUGGGUCGAGUUUGGCUUUUAAAUGAUUUUUUUAGAUAUUUUUGGGUGCCGAUCUGUGCCAAAUGACACCUUUAAAAUCUGUUUAUUGACAUCUUAUCAGGAGAAUUAAUGUUGAAAGCUCAGGGGGAGAUUUGAGGCUUUUUCCCGGGAUUUUGAGUCAAAAUUAUUAUUAUUAUUAUUAUUAUUAUUAUUAUUAUUAUUAUUAUUAUUAUUAUUAUUAUUAUUAUUAUAUUUAUUAUAUUAUAUUAUAUAUUAUAUUAUUAUAUUUAAGCCCUUAUUUAUUGUGAUUAAAGGAUUUAUUUGGGGUUUUAUUUGGAAUGUUUUGGGUGGGUUUGAGGCUCCUAAAAUUUAAUAGUUUGAUUUAUUAAACUUAAUGUUGAAAUUAUUGUACUUAAAGUUGGGAGGGGCCAUUUUGGGUUGAAUUCGGGUUUUAAAGGGUGAUUGAACGUAUUUAAAGUUGAGGAUCCCACUUUGGGGCUGAUCCGUGCCUUUAAAACUUUAAACAACUGUUUAUUGGGAACUCCUUAUUGAGUAGUUUAAAGCCGGGGGGAUUUGGUUUUUCCGGGGGUUUUGAAGCCGAAUUUUUUAAAACCGGCUGAUUCAUUUAAACUCCUGUACUUCAAUGGGGCUUUUUGCGGUUUUAUUUUACCGAGUUCGGGGUUUUGGGUGGUUUGAGGCUCCUGAAGCCGCUGAAUGGUUUAAAGUGUUUUGUUUCAGGGUUUUGUUUCAGCUUUUAAAAUGUUCGUUUAAGGUAUUUACAGUUUGAGAUCCACUUUGCGGCUCAUUGCUGCUUUUCAAAGAUUGAAAAAUAUAUUUAUUGAAAGCUAAAUGAUGAAACAAGUUAAUAUUUAGAUGGGGGGAGUUGGGGCUGUUUGCCCAGAUUUUGAGUCCAAAUCCGGUUUUCGUUUUUACCGCAUUGAUGUAAAUAACUAUUUUGAAUGGCUCUUUGGGGCUUUAUUCGGGGGUUUCGGGCGGUUUGAGGCUCCUGAAGUUGCUGAAUUGCUUGAAUUAUUUAAAGCUGGGAGGUGCCAUUUUGGGGCUGUUUGGGUCUAAAUCGGCUUUUAAAAAGGUUUAUUUAAUGCAUUUAAAGUUUGAGGGGCCGAUUUGUGACUUUAAAGCUUUUAGAAUCUACUCGUUGACACUGAAUUUAUUAAAUAGAUUAAUAUUUCAAGCACGGGGGGAGAUUUGAGUCUGUUUCCCAGGAUUGCGAGUCCAAACUCGGCUUUUUAUUUUAGCUGCUUGUUAAUUGAAUUAUUAUAUUUAAGUGGGGAUUUAUGAGGUUUUAUUUUAAUUGAGUUUGAGUUUUUUGGAGCAUUUUGGGCGGUUUUGAGGCUCAUAGAGCUGCUUGUUUACAUUAUUAAUUGUUCAAAUAAUUUAAAUAAUUGUUUAAGUAAUUGUGUAAAUUACUGUAUUUAAAGUCGGGAGGGGCAUUUUGUUGCCUUUUGAGAGGAGGCCUCCCUAAACCCACUUAAUUAUUUAAGUUGGAUUGUUUAAAUAUUAAUAUAUUAUUUAUUAUGUUAAUAUAAAGUAUAUAAAAUUAAUAUAUUACUAUAAUAAUAUGAAUAAUAUAAUAUGGUAAUAUGGUCAAUUUUGUAUAUAUAUAUAUAUAUAUAUAUAUAUAUAUAUAUAUAUAUAAUUAGUCAGAGCCCCAUUCAGCCUGGCCUUGAAUGUCUCCAGGGAUGGUUCAUCCACCACCUCUCUGGACCAGUAUUUUACCGCCCUCAUUGUAAAAAAUGUCUUCCUCAUGUCCAGCCUGAAUCUCUCCUCCUUUAGUUUAAAACCAUCACCCCUUGUCCUGUUGCAACUGGUUCUACUAAAAAGUCUGUCGCCAUCCUUCUUAUAGGUUCCUUUUAAGUACUGAAAAGCCGCAGUAAUUUCCGCCGCAGGCUGAACCAGCUCUCUCAGCUUGUCCUCACAGGUGGGAGUGAGAAGCCCCCCUGGAUGCAGCCACCUCUGCCUCGCUGGCCUGGCAGGACAGCCCCACAUGGUGUGGGGUGCCCCUCUCCGCUUUCGCGCAUCCCUCCCUCCCACAGGAUGGCGGAGAGAUCCCCCAACACCCCCAGUCUGGCCUGGGUGGAGCCCAGCAAGACCCGAGCUCCCAGGUCCAGUCCCGAGCCCGAAGACUCAUGGAAGGUGCAGCCGCUGCCGGCGGCUCUGCCUACUGUCUCUGGGCCCACCUGGGCUGUGCCCAGGAAGGAAGACCCCCUGAACACCAUCCAGGCGUUCCUCAAGAACCGACCAAAGCAAGAGGACCAGAAGAUGAAGUUCCUGGACUCCAUCAUAACCAUCUGCAGCACCCUCAGCCAAAACAUUGGCAUGUGCACCCUGGAAUCCACGGAGUGGGCCAAGCUGUACUUCUGCCAGGAGGAGAUGGUAGAGAUGAUUGUGGAGCUGGUGCGAGAGGAUCCCCCUGACCAGCUGAGCAUGUUGGUGUGGCAGCAAGCCAUGUUGGCCAUCUCCUGCAUGAGUGAAGUGAGGCUGCUUCAAGAGGACAAGAGCAGCCUCCUCCAAGUCUGCUUUGGCAGCAUCUUCCACCUGCCUCCACAGAAGGCCACCGAGGAGUCCAUCUGCACCCAGACCCUGGCCAUGAUGGACAACAUGCUGAAAGUGCUGGUGUCCAGUGCUGGCAACCUCGGCUUCCAGGAGCUGCAGAACAUCCUGGAGCUCCUGCUGCCCUUCGCCAUUUCCCAGACAACAGAGGCACAGGAGCGGGCUGUGGCGCAGAUUGCCAGUCUGUUCGAAUUCAUCAGCACCCAUCCCCUGAUACAGAUAUGCCACUGCUCCAUCCAAAGGAAAACGUUGCCACAUCAGUGCUCUGAGGCACAGCAGUUUCCCAUGCUGGGGAGGCUGGUGGGGCACCUCACCCUCUGCUGCACCUGCAAGAACCAGAGGACCUGUGAGAAGGCUGCACAAGCUCUCUUUCACCUGCACAAAUUCAUCCUGGUGCAGAAACGCAGAUGGCCUCAGUUGGAUAAUUCAGAGGAGCAGCAGCACCUGGAGCACUGGCAAGAGAGACAUUCCCACCAGCUUUGGCUAAACACCUAUGCUAGAGAAAGCUUUAAGCUUUUUACAAAAUACCUCCAGCCCUCUAGCCGGGCAAACAUCAUUCUCAUAGCCAUCAAGAACAUGAGAAGCCAGAGUGACCACAGUAUCAGCCUGGCUGCCUACAUGGUGGAAACCCUUGUGAGUGGCUCUGCCUUCUACUCAGAGCAGGUGCAGAACAUUGUGGGGGCCAUUUACAGGGACCUGCCCUCCAUCACAGAAGAGCUGGCCUCUGAGAGCCUGAACAAAGCCCUACAGAGCCUGAUGGAUGAGCACCCCAGAGAGGUGGUGGCCAGCCUGCUGCAGUGCUCCCCAACAUGCACCUGCGUUGCCGUGGUCAUGUGGAAGGCAAUUGUCUCUGAGCCCCAGAGUGCAAAGAAGGUGCUGCAGGACCUGCUCAACAGGCUGAGGAACAAGUCGUGGCACAAGAUGACCACCUCAGAUGACCCGCGCAUCCUCUCCCUGGCUGCAGCACGGAUGAUAAGCAAGAUCUUCCCAGAGCCCACCUUCCAGGCUGAGGCCCGGGAGAUUUUUCCCCAGCUUUUCCUGGCACUGCUGUGCCAAGUGUCAUUCACUGAGGAGUUGACGCAAGAGGAGGUGCAGAUCUUCUGGGUGCAGGACCCAGAGGCUCAGCUCAGUCCCAUCAGGUCUGCGGUGCAGGUCUUGAGAAUGCUGCUCUGCAGCAUGGGCUUGGAGAGCCAGGUGCUGGCCAUUGAGGUGCAGGGUGGCUGGGAUGCCCUGCUCAGCCCCCAGGGACACCUCAUGGGUGUGGGCAUCGUGGCCAGAGAGAUGGUGAAUGUUGAAAAAACCCUGCUCUCCAAGAUCUUCUGCCAUCUGGUAGAGCUCCUCAGCGUGCAGUACUCUGGCUGGGAGAUGGUGGCCAUGGUUGUCUUUGUUGAGAUGCUGGACUGCUCUGACCUAACAGGAGACCUGGACUGUGCACUGACAAUCUUCCCCAGGUGUCUGCAGAGCAAGUGCCUGGAUAUGCCUAGCCUGGCACUCAGGGGAAUCUUCAAGCUCCUGGCGAAGCCCAGCAUGGCAAAGAAAACCCUCGUCCUUCUGCCGCAUAUCGCAGAGCUGCUGCAGGAUACUGAUAACGAUGCUGCCAGCAAUGCCAGCGCCAUGGCCCUGUGUGUGCUCAGCAACAUGCUGCGGAUGCUGGAGGGGGCGGCAACCAGCCUCACCGUCCUGCAGCUGGCUCCCACGCUCCGGCUGCUCUUUGACAAUGAGUCAGUCAUCGUGCGGGAGCUCUCCAUCCAGUUCUUCCAAAACACGAUGGAGCUCGUGGUGGGUGCUGAAAAGAAGAUGAUGAGACAGGAGGUGUGGGACAGCCUGCUGCCACUGCUCUUCCACCUGUACGACCAGGACAGGAACGUGGCCCAGGCUGCCCAGGAAGCCCUCUGCCGUGCUGGCCGGUUCCUGAAGUGGGAAGAGCUGCAGAAGCUGGCCAAGACUGUGCAGGCAUGGAGGAUCAGUGAGCUCCUGCUGUCCAAGGAAGAGCACAACUACAGGAACUAUGUGCGCAUGAGCCAGUUGUACUUGAAAAGCCCCCAGGAGCCCCUGCGGCAGGAGGCUGUCAGGUUCAUCGGGCUCAUCAAAUGGCAGACAGGUGAUCGGAAGGUGCAGGAGUACAUCACAGAGGUCCUUGAAGGGGCAAUUAAAGAGGGAAGGAAAAGUCCAAGCCAGUGCUGGAGCCCAAGGUGAAGCUGAAGCGUUCUCUCCAAGGCCAUGCUGGGGUAAAUCACUUUUUCUGCUCCCCACCAUCUGAGGAACCUGCGCUGCCUCAGGAUGAUAUGGUCGAGUCUGGGAGCUCCAAAGCCACUGACGCUCUGGCUCCAGCAGCAUUGUCCCCUCUGUGUCCCUGACAGGACGGGCAGCUCUCCCUCCUGCCUGCACCACCCAUCCCCACCAGCCCUGCAGCCGCUGGUGCCUAGGGACGUUGGAAGUCAGAGGAGCAAUGGUAAAAGAUCACAGCACACAAUGCAGCCCUCUGUGGAGCCAUCGCCAUUGAGUGAUCUCCAGAUGGGAGAGCGGUGCAGCCAUCUCCAGGAUGCUCUGGGUGUCAUGGUGACACUCUUGACUGCUUCUCCCUUGGGAAGUGCGCUGGUUACCUGUCAUUGCUGUAUCAUUAACCCAUCACUGACUGUGCUGGGUUGACUGAGAUAGGGUUAACUUCCACGGGUAGCUGGGGGUGUGACACAGCUAGGAGACUGACCCAAAACUAGCCAAGGAGUAUUCCGUACCGCAUAAGAUCACACUCAGUUAUAAAGGGUGACCCCCAUGGCUGUCAUCUACAGGCUUGGAUGGUGGUGGAGAAUCAAAGAAGCCAAAACCAGCAACUGCAUCAUCCCCCUGAAGCAGACGGUUGCAGCCUCAAAGCCCCUGAUGAUUCCUAGGCCCUGUAGCUGGGUCAUUAAAUCCUGUUUCU